AUGAUUGACUGGCAGGACCCUCCCGGCCUCGAUCAAUACCUCGAACCAAAGAGCUUUAAUUGGGCCGCCGUCUCAAAGAUGGACAACCUCAAGCGAGGCCCCGUACGAGACAUCGGGAGCUGGAGAUCAGCAAAAGAGUCAAGUAUAUCUUCGCAGUGGUACAUGUCUACCAACUUCUCCACGUACUUCACAAAUGAGGUUGAGAUUGUCCAGGGGCACCGCUACGACUUUACCUACGCCGUGUUGCGAAACCCGGAGCUAAUGCCAAAGGCGUUUGAGCUGGGGGUCGACCGCAUCAAGUGCCGGAUAUGCUGCGCCUUCCACAUGCUGUUCAGAAUGACGGAGAAGUUUGAAACGCAGAUGAACGAGCUUCUGACGAGUCUGGGUGCGCCGCAGAAGACCGUCGGUGCCAUACAGAUCCGGGCGAAAUCCCACAACGUUCAAGAGGCGGUGAAAUACGUGGACGCAUUCAUAAAGUGUGCCGGAAAAGCAGGGAAAGGCCUCAAGAUGCCGGGCAAGAUCUCAUGGGUCCCUAUCUUCAACAACAGACUGGUGGUGCACAUUGUCCACAAGAAGUACGGAGACAAGCUGAAGAUACCGAUAAAUAUUGACACUGCCACUCGCACUGUUCACACACACUUGGGUAACCUACCGGUCGAUACUGAGCUAGAGGUCGCAAAGGCAGUCCAGGAGCGAACAUUCAAAGAGUUCUUUCUGACAAUAAACUCGACUGUUCUGAUACGAAAGAAGGGUUACGAAGGAUCGUUUGGAAACAUUGCCGAUGCUAUACGACGAUUCUAUCACGAACUGGGUUCGGUCCACACGUUUCUGGUAGGGAACACAUGCAGCAAGUUUCCAGACACUUACAAAAUAGAAUAG